UUACUAAGUUUCUUGGCUUCAGAUUUGAGCGGGGUUUAAAAUGCCAAAUUUAGAUAAUCUCCAAACAAAUUUACAAAAUUUCAGCAACAUUCAGCCAAAAUAAAAGGUUUCUGCUUUUACCGAGAGAGACUUUUUGGCUAUAGUACUUGUGUAUGUGCUACAGCACACAAUAAUUGUCAGUCCUGUGGCAGUGGGUAAGUGAGGUACCAAAUGUUAUGUCACAUAAGGAUUCUUGUUCAAGCUGUGUUGUGGCUGGUAAUUAUGGAAGAUCUUUUAUACAGUCUACCUGAACUCAGUUGUCAAACGUGCGGGAUUUUGACAGACUGAAGUAAUGGAAAUACCUCAAAUGUAUUCUUCACCAUAUGGUGUGGGGUCAGAUUCAACAGCAGCAAUGUCCUCAAGUGUUGGACAGACUUCAGUCUCGCUGCCUAAUAACAGUGCAAGUUCUGGAGGACACUUUUUCCACAGAGGGCUGCAACAGUCACCAGUAUUCAAUCCUUUGUUUUCUAACCAAGGACAGUCCUUGUAUAAUGGAGUAUUCAGUACACAGACGGGAUAUACAUCACAAAAUUCUUUCUCCACAACAAAUGUCAACAGUUACGGUCAUGUAGAACCUCCCCCUUGGAUAUCAGAAACCCGAGUUACAGCUGCAGUGAACAAUACUUCGUAGCAGAUAGAAAGAGACAGGGGUAGUCGAGCUCAGCAUAGCGACAAAACUGUAUCAUGUAAUAGCCAUGGUUUAUCUCAUACAUGUUGUGGUAAUAGAAUAGGAAUUGCAGAGAAUAUUGGCAUGUGUUCUCCAAUGUCUGCAGAAGCUUACAGAGCAGUAAGCAAGGAAUUAGUAAGCAUGCAAUCUAAGAAUAAUAACAGUCUAGACUCUCAAGGCUGGCUCUGCAACCAAGGGAUGAUAGGGUAUGAAAACCAACAGAAUCAAAACACCCAGCAAGGCAAUUACAAGUGCAAUGAACAAUUUCCAUCAUGUUCUGUUUCCCAGAUAAACAUGUUACUUCAAGAGCAGCCUGAUCUCAAGCAUUCAUCUGAUUCUUGUUUUGAUCAUUCGCAAAAUCAUAGUUCAAAUAAACAAACUAAUCAGUGUUCUGACAGUGGAUCAGUAAAGUCUGUUUGUGUAGAACCAAAUAAAGAACAAAGAGUCAAAUACUGUAAUCUUCAGAAAGUUCAACAAAAUGGACAAUCAGUUGAACAUUUUCAACAGCCUCUACAGCAAAAACAGCAAGAGCAAAAUUGUUAUGUGGGUCACUCUUCACUGUAUGGUUCAUCAGUCGAGCUACAUGAGGAUACACUGUAUUCUCAGGCAUCCCUUAUCCUGCACAUGGGUAAUGAUGGUUCUCAUAACACUGGUCAUUUCCAGACCCACUUUGUUUCUUCAAAACAUGAGAACAAUAUGGCAGAUAACAGUAAGUCUUACACGAUGUCACCAGUUCUGCAGACCUUUCAGGAGCAUACCCGAUGUGGCCUGGAUGCUGGAAUAACCUGUGAGAUGAUGGAUAGCUGUCUUCAGACAGACAUAAAAACUGUGAAUGACAGUUCUGUGAAUGUGUCAUCCAAUAACAGCUGUUGUGAACUAUCGAUGGAGCCAGUCAGCAGCCGGCCUGUGUUUGGUAUGCAGAAGUCAGCUGUCCACUGCCUGCUAAACUGUAAUGCUGCUGUCAGUGACAGAAUGCAGUCAUGUUUAAACACUCAGCAGUUGCAGAUAGAAUGCAAUGAGGUGGAUGGCAAGGAAAACAGCAACCAGGAGUCUUCCAGUGUCACUUGUGAAAGUGACAUCAUUGUAGAAGAGACUGAAGAAGAGAUGACAGAGAGCGAGAUUUCUAUAGAAGAAAUGAAGGACACUGUAUUCAGAGAGGAUAAACCUGCCAAGUGUCUGGUAUGCAGCUUAUCAGCAAAUGCCAACAAUCAGUUCAUCCACAUGCGGUGUGACUCACCUGUGACAUCAACAUCUCAUAUUCCUGUAGUAACUAAAUUAGCACAAGUAGUGCUAGAUAUACACACGCAGAUUCGUAAACUCCAUAAUGAGUUUAUAUGCAGGCGAUGUCUCAAUUUGAUUGACACAGUCGACUGUUUAGAGACAAAAUUAGCUGCUGUAAAACAAGAUCUAAUCCAACUAUUUGAAACCCGGCUAAUGUCCUUAAAAGCUCUUGAAAACUGGAAAGUAAGUGAUGAUAAUGCAGAAAGCAUUGCAGAGGAAUCAAAGAACAGUGGGGAUGUAUCUUUGUGUAAAGAAGCUCCAGAGAAUACUAAAGAAAACAUGCAUACAGAUCAGAUAGCUUGUUGUACUGAAAAACCUUGUGAAAAUGAAGAAAUGAAAAAUAAGGAUGGUGAAAAUAAAAUAAUGUCCCAAGAAUCUGAUAAAAAUGUAUUAACAGAAUAUGGGAGUAGUGAUGUGUUUAAUAAACAAAGAGUAUGUGAAGUAGAAGUGUCUUAUGAUACAAAGUAUCAGUGUGAUGUCUGUAAUAAGUCUUUUUCAAGCAAGGAGUAUUUAAACAAUCACCAUCAGCAGCAACAUACCAAACAGUUCAGUUUCUAUUGUGAUCAGUGUGGUAAGGGAUUCACUCUUAAGCGUGCACUGGAAAACCACCUGUUGCUGCAUACUGGGGAGUUCCGUUACCAGUGUGAAGUUUGUGGGAAACUUUUCAUUCAGCAUUAUUCUUUGAAUGAUCACCUGCGUAAGCACGAGGGUCAAUUUCGUCUUGCUUGCCAACAGUGUGGGAAAGGUUUUAUGUGCCGUAACUCCCUGCAUAUCCAUACACGAAUUCACACAGGAGAACGCCCCUUUGUGUGUCAGCACUGCGGUAAACGAUUCAGUUCCAGUUCAAACCUCGUGGCUCACAUCCGCCUGUGUUCCGGGGAUCUACCAUUCCACUGCAACCAAUGCGAAAAGAAGUUUGCUCUUAUGACACAACUCAGGGCUCAUGUUUUGUCACGGCAUGAGGGGCAGUACCGAUUUAAGUGUGCAGUAUGUGGCAAAGGUUUCACAAAGGAUUCAGAUCGAAAAAUUCACGAGCGGUCCCAUUCAGGAGAAAGGCCUUUUAAAUGUGUUACCUGUGGUAAAUGCUACAGUAGUACUGGAAAUCUGAAUCAGCAUGCAAAGCAGCAUGAUGGAGAGCGGCCUUUCAAGUGUUUGAUAUGUGGCCAAGGUUUCUUGCGUCGCAGUACUCUUGCCAGCCACAUGAAUCAGCACACUGGUGCUCGUCCAUUUAGUUGUGAUCAGUGCGACAAAACAUUUAUGACAAAACGAAACUUAUAUGCCCACCGUAAAUGGCAUGCAGGUACAAUCAAGCGCUACACUUGUACCAUAUGUGGAAAAUCAUUUAACCAUGGCUUACAGGUCCACAUGAGGACCCAUUCAGGUCACAAACCUUACACGUGUUCAGAAUGUGGUAUGGCCUUUACUGUCAAAAGUACCUUGAACAAACAUGUAAAAAGUAAGCACAGAAAAACAUAGGUUUACAGUUUGAAAAAGAGUCUUUACAUUUUAUAUACCACUCCUUUUUUACUGAAAAGUACAUGAUGAUAAUAUGUAUUUAUAUAUUUUGACAUAUCAAUAACAUGAUUAA